GUGGCCAUGCGCGCCCCAGAGCUGGUGGAGCGCUUCGAGUGGUAUGUGGUGGAGAAGGCCAAGGGCGAAGAGGAGCUUCGGAGGCUGCAGGAGCACGUGGCUGGCCUCGAGGGGAAGCUCGCUGAUGCGGAGGAGCGGGCUCGAGUUGUGGAGCAGGCCCGCAUUGCUGCUAAGGAGAAGGCGCGCCGUCUUGAUGAGGAAGCCGAGCAUGUAAUUGAGGCCUUUCAGACCUCCCCUGCGUUCGAUGAGGCGGCUCUCUCCCGCAUGGACGAUCUUUUGAAGAUCUGGGCUCAAACUCCGGCCGGCCAGCGUCUCCUUCUCAAAGAAGGGCAAACCAACUAUUCCCUGGGGCUGCAACGGGCUCAAGAGGUUUUGCUCGAGCGGAUCCGAAAGGGGAAGGAACUCCCGAAGCCAUGCGAGGACCCUGAGGAGUUUGACUCAUCCAUCUACUACUCCGAGGACGAGGACGCCAAUGGCGGGGGCGAGGACACCGCCGGAGGCCGAACGGCCGUUGCCGGGGUGCUUGUGCUUGCCCAUACGGGGCCAUGCCCACGUUUAGCCCGCCUAGGCAUGUUAGCCUCGCCUCGUCGCCCAACCGAGGACGAGCGCGGGCUCGCCUUCUCGGCGAGAUGCUCCGACCAAACGCCUUGGCCUUGGUGCCUUUGCCAUGUACUCUCCCCUUUUUCAGGGAUGAAUAAGAUAUGAAUUUUUGCGCCAUGUACUCUCCCCUUUUUCAGGGAUGAAUA